CAAAGUUUACCUGCAUAUAUCAAACAUUAAAAUUGUCAAAUCUAAAUGAAGACGGCAACAUUGUCAGGAAAUAUAUUGCAAUACACGUAGUGGUUUUAUCCGUGCACAAACACAAUGAUCUCGGUUGUAACGCUCGCGUGCCUAAUUGCAGUAGUCUGUUGUCAGUGCCCGACGACAGAUCAAGGACAGAUCAGUAAGGUCUUUAAAGCAUACGACAUUGAUGGUAACAAUAAAAUCUCAAGAGUUGAAGGAACCAUGGUCUUCAGGGAUGCAGAUUUAAAUCGUGAUGGGGCACUAGACAACAACGAAUUUUCCUCGGAAUGGGCGUUCUACCACAAUGAUUAUUACUCGCCUUUCUUCAACGUAGCCGACAGAAAUCAUAACGGAAGAAUUGAAUUCGUUGAGGGAAAUCAGGGAUUUGACCAUUUUGAUAAAAAUGGAGAUAAUGAAAUUUCGUCAUGGGAGUUUACCCAAACAUGGAUGGAAACAGUACGACCUAGCUCUAGACCGAUUGAUUUCUGAAGAUAAAAAAAUGACCAUGGAUAGAAAAAAUAUAAAGAAACAUGGUGUUACAAUAUUGAAAUAUUUUGUUUCAUACGUGUAAAUAAAAUACGGAAAAGCAUAAA